UACUUUAACACUCGCACUGAUUUCUGCCUAAACCCACUCAUUUGUGUCGUUGCUCCCUCAGGUUUGGGUCAUUCUAAGGCGGCUCCGGCUCCGGCUCCAGUGGGUCAGCCGGCUCCAGGUGUGUUCCUCAGACAGGUGUGUGAGGCUCUGCAGACCGGCCCCGUGGUGAUCAUCAGUCCUUCUCUCAGCGGCAUGUACUCGCUGCCGUUCCUCUUCCAGCACGCCGAGCAGGUCAAGGCCUACAUCCCUGUAGCUCCCAUCUGCACAGAGAAGUUCACAGCAGAGCAGUACAGCAGCGUGCAGACUCCAGCUCUUAUAGUUUAUGGAGACCAGGAUAUUCAGCUUGGGGAAGCAUCGCUAAGCAACCUGAGACAUCUGCCCAAUCACAAAGUGGUGGUAAUGAAGGGGGCGGGGCAUCCUUGUUACCUUGACGAUCCAGAGACCUGGCAUAAGGCAGUCCUGGACUUCCUACAGUCGUUGUGAUCAUAUUAAAAACCCUAAUAGUGUAAAAUUGUUCUAGUCAAAACGUUAAUUAUGUAAGUGAUCAAUAUGAAGUGCAUUCAGUUUCAUACUUAAUGACUGAUUAUGUCAGAAACACUACCUUUUUAUUUUUGUAUGCAACUUUUUUUUGUGCUAUUAUUUGCAAUGCUUUUCACGUGGAUGCAUGUGCCAUGUGUUGAGAGGUGUGUCAAAGACCUAAAGUCAACAUGAAAUGCUGUUUGCAAACCAAUUUACAUAACUUUUGAGUCAAAGAAGAUAGUCAAUGAGAAAAUAAUAUAGGACGGGGCUUGAGUU